UGAUGGUGACAGUAGCUGGAGACGAUUUCCCUCACUGCCAAUCAGCGGUCAGACUGGAUGCAGUUUUACCUCCCCCUCCAUCCCCCUCCAUCCCCUCUGGAUGACGCAGAUAGCUAGUGUGUUAAUGUUGGACAGCUGCUGUCUGUGGAGAGUAACGUCGCCCAGCAGCAGCAGCUCCCACUGAUGAUGGGAAGGGAAACACGGAUAGACCUGCAGUAGAGAUCCGGCGAGGAUGCCGCGGUCGUCGUGCGACAAACCGAGCCGUGUUUAGCCCGUGUCAGCUGCACCUGCCGUGGAUGCUUUUCUCGAUGGGUUGCGGAGGGAGUCGGGCGGACGCGAUCAUCGAGCCGAGGUACCAUGAGAGCUGGACCAGGGAAACGGAAUCGACGUGGCUUACCAAUACGGACGUAGAGACCUCUUUAACAGUAGCAAACAGUAAAGCUCUGGAGGCCAGUCUGAGGGAGAAGAGGAUGGUGAACACAGGCACCCAGUGUGGGAAGCAGGCCCUCACAUCCACUGGCUCCAACCACCAGAGGAGACCCAGACGCUCCCUCAGUGAUCAAACCACCCGUGACUCCAAAAGGAGGGCAUCAAAGGACGCCAGUGCUUUGUCUAAGGAUGGGCAGCCUGUCAAUAUCAACAACAGUGGAGACACUGAACCUGGGAACGUGUGUGACGAAAGAUGAAGACAAACCGUGACUCUGUGAAGAGGAAGAUGGCCGGAGCUGUGGGCGGUUCACUGGAAGUUGGGACGGUGAUUUACAGAGAGUGUGUGGAUGAUGUUUGCUAGUGACUUUGCAAGAUCUUGGCUGUCAAUCUCAGCGAUUUUACAACAUAAGCACCUGCAUAUGUCUCCAUCCAAAGAUCUUGGGAUGCUGCAUCUUUGUUGUGCCAUUGCAAAUGCAUGUGUGAAGCAGAGAGUGGGUCACAAACGGUGUGCACGCUCUCCACCAUGCUUUUCUCCCAUGCUUGUGGUGCCGGUCAGGGAAUGUGUCACCGUGCUAAGCCAAUUUAAAAAAACAAAACAAGAACAGACCGCCCCAUAUGCACAUGAUAAUCACUAUCUGCACAUCAAAUGUUAUCUGUGUGGGGCCUUCUUAAAGAAUUUGCUUCAGUUCUUUGUGCAAGUAUAUUCCUUUUGUUGUGAAUGAAAAACAGUAGUGUGGGAACCAAUGACGAUACUGUUUAACCUCAGUCAAUGGUGUAAAUGAUUUUCAUUUAGAAGACCCUGAAGUGCUGUUUAGGAACUGAGAUUCGGAGGUUUGACGCUUGAAGGCUGAAGACUGUCUUUUCCAGCCUUUUGCAAGAUAAAGAAACAAAUACACCCGCAUGUGCCUACAAUUCAUCUUGAUCUGAACUGCUCCUGUUUUCCCUUUGAGAGUUAGUUUUUAUUAAACUUUAAGUGUUA